AUGGCGAUUGGCAAAUGGAGUAGGAAUACGAGUAAUAGAGCAAACACUUGGAAAGCAUUAUUGGAUUUAGAACAAAAACGAAUUACAAGGCCACAAGGAUCACAAUUAAUAAAAGUAAUACAAGGGGUUUGA